AUGUCAGCAACAAACACCCUAGGCCUCCGCCGUCCAGCAACAGCACCCGCCAUCUUCACAGCUCUAUACUCUGCCCUAAUCGUAGCGAUCCAAGUCCCGGCCCUUUACACUCCUGCUUCUUCACAGGAAAUGCUAGGCAUCCCUGACGCAACAAGUGCACGCUUCAUAGCCUUCUGCUUGAUCGCCAUCAAGGGCUACGAGCUCAUCGGUGCACUCCAAGACAACUGGGCCGUGUAUUGGUUCGCUGUCGUUGGACGGAUAGGUGCAGCGUCAAUGAUGUUGAGCGUAGGAGGUGGAUGGGCGAAGACUGCACCUUUUGAUUUUGGGAGUGCGGCGGUACUUGCAGGGUGCAUGUGGUUCUCAAGCCGGAGUGGUGAGAAAGGGGAGAGGACCUGA